CCCAAACCUCUCUUUCCUUUUUAUUUCUCUCUACAGAUUGAUUAAUGGUAAUUGUUUUCUUUCUUUUUAACCCAAUUAAGAUGAACAUUAAAAGCUUUUAAGCCUUUACAAAGAAAGAAAAGCUCUACUUGGCUGCCUUACACUGCUCUGCCCUGUGUAACGAAAGCAAAAUUAGAAGUAUUAGACCCAGAGUUCCUUUUAGGUGGCAUUGUAUUCAAGACAGAGAGAAUUAUGCCACUUGACCUGUUUCUUUGUGUGUUCUUUGGUCUUACCUGCUUAUUCAGCCACUUACAGAAAUUGAUAGCAUCAAUAGCAAAAUUAGUGGAAUUUAAAGAAACCACCGUAAAAACAUCCAUGGGCUCCUCUCCCAUAAGGGUCCAGUCAAAUUAAAAAAAACAUGUCUGAGCCAAUCACAUACAAGGAACAACAGAGAAGAAUCCCCAUUUAACAAAAUUGGACUGGCAUUAGACUUUACAAUAAACCUCAUAAAAUCCCACUUGAAUCCCCAUUUAUAGCAAACAUUGACUUCACAGUAUACCUCGUGCAUGCUUCAUAGCAAAUGAAUCUGUAGGCCUGACCUUUUGAAUGUACUUAUCAUUCCCUCAUGUCACAAAAGCAAUUAAAGCGAUACUUAAUGACAUGAACCUGGUAAAACUAGCAGAAUUGUAGUCCAUAUUAUAUCAUUUGUUUAAUCAACAAGCACUGAAAAAAUGACAAAAACAGCCAAUUUUUGAAGUCUUAUGACUGCUCAAAGCAAAAAGAUACACUUACAUGACACAUUUUCUAAUCGAAACACAGACACAGAUAAGGAAGUGCUACUGGCUGUCUUCCUUCCUUUCUAUCUAUCGUGUCUUCGAAGUGUUAUCAGUGUGGGUGUGGUAUGAUAGGAAAAUGUUGUGUGCAAAUGUGACUUAUGACUUAAAUUACUUUACUACAUAUAUUAGGACACUGUAUGUAUGUAUGUAUGUAUGUAUCUAAAAAGCUUAAAGUAACAGAAGAAACAGAAGAAAGAGACAGUGGGGAACAAUGAUUACAGUCUUUGUGUUUUGGAUACCAGCGCUUUGGUUUACAGGAACACAGGGUGGAGUGAGUCUUUGGCCCUUAGCUGUCAGAGAUGGAGAUAAAGUCAGUUUGCCUUGUCCAUUGAUGUGUAGCAUCUGGAGCUUUACUGGUUUAAAUGGUGCAGCAAAACAAGAGCUUAUUAAUCAAUUGACCAUUAAAGGAAAAGUUACGUCAGACAGACUGAGUGUGGACACAGACUGUUCUCUGGUUAUACACAAGGUAACAGUUGAGAAUGCUGGUUGGUACAGGUGCACAGUGCCUGACAAAACAGGGAGAACUCCUGGUUCUGCUCUUUCCAUUGAUCUUACUGUUGUUGUCAUCACUGAACAGAAAUAUGGAGGUAAUGUGACUUUAAACUGUUCUGUGUCGACUCCUACAAAGUGUGAUCAAGACAGAGUGAAGUGGAUCCACAACAGCAUGGAUGUCAAUAGAGAUAGCUCAUAUGUAAAAAUAUCACAGUCUUUGUGCUCUGCUACUGUCACCAUUAUGAAUUUUACCUAUAGUAACAUAUCACCUUAUGACUUUAUGUGUGGAGUAAGAAUGCAUACCAAAGUGGAGGUUUUUGCCUUCAGCCCUCACUCAUCAAGUGAAGAUACAAAUUCAACAACAACGUCUAAAAACAACACAAAUACAGUCACUGAAAAGAAACCUGGAGAUAAUAAGACCUCUAUCUUGACUCCUGAAAACUGUGAACACGCAAAAGUGAAGUGGAUCCAGAACAGCACAGUCUGGUGCAGGCUCAUUAUUGUGGUUGUGAGUUUGGCAGCACUCAUAGCGGUUGUUGUGAUCAUCAACAUAUUGACAAUAGCUGUUCCAAAGGCAAAAAUGGAUGGAAACAUGGUGUAUAAUGAGGAAGAUGAUGGAGCGGCAAAGCGUGAAAAUGUCCAGCCUUCUGAAGAGGUCUGAACAACAUCAGGGUGCUAUAUUUUUGCACAACUAAAAAAAAAAAAAAAACCUUUUCACUCAGUGUAAAUUUGGGCAACAUUUAAGUGAACACAAUCCUAUAAUUCUAUUUUACUAAAUAUUUCAUUUCUCUUUUUUUGGUCAAGAGAAGAACAAAAAGAAAAAACUAAACAAAAACAACUGGGUGUCGCUCAAUCUGUAGGUGUUCAUGGAAGAGAAUAAUGGCACAAAAUCAAAACAUUAUGACCAAUACAUGACAAAACAAUUCAGGCUGAGGUACUUUUAUUACUCGAUUUGGAAAAGUAAUAAAAUGUGGCUAUUUAAAUAUGCAAGAGGCAUUAAUAGUUGCCUGAGUCUGAGUCUUAAGGCCUAUUAAAAUAUUUCAAGGAGGCCCAGUGGAUCUUUCAGGCCAGCAGCCUGGCCUUUUGCUGUCUAUGUGUUUUUUGUUUUUUGUUUUUUUGCCUCUGUAGCACUCUAAGGCACAGCCUACUUCUUUAAAAUGCAGUUGUACAGAAUACAUUUUCAUAUUCUCUAAAGCAGUUGUGCAAAGAAAAUUAUCUGUGCAAUGACAAAUGUCAGAAUAGAAAUGGCCAUGCAGAAUAUAUCUUAUGUCCUCACCUGUCUUAAACUUGACAUCAAAUAUAUCAAUAAUAAAUAUUUUUUUAUAUUUUUAAAUUUCAUAUUUUAUUCUUUAUGCCAAUUUCCUGAAACACUCCUGUAAGCACUUACAUAUAAAGGUUAAUAUAAUUUAGACCUGAGUAAAGGAAUUUUUCAGAAACUUUUUUUAUUUUUAUUUCUUUUUAUGACCGUAAGAAUUAAUUUAAACUGAAUUAAGGGCAGGUUUUGUUGUAAGUCAUGUGCUUUAAUGAGCUUUGAGUCAUUUGAGAUAUUUAUAAUAUUUGAGCAUAAUGCAGAUAAAGAAAUGCUUAAGAACU